UGACAGAACGUCGCCAUAUUGCUCUUAGCUAGGGCUGCGAGAGAAUUUUUCUUGGUCAACAUCUUCAUUAAGUUGUUUCUUGGUUUAUGGACACUAUGGCGAGCCCUGGGAAGGAUAACUAUCGGAUGAAAAGUUACAAGAACAAUGCGCUGAACCCACAGGAGAUGCGCCGAAGAAGAGAGGAGGAAGGGAUCCAGCUCCGCAAGCAAAAGAGAGAGGAACAGCUUUUUAAGAGGAGAAAUGUGGCCCUACCACCAGGUGACGAGGCCAUGCUGGAAUGCCCUAUCCAGGACCCUGAUGUCAGCUCAACUGUACCACAAUCGGGUGAGGGAGUCAUCACUCCAGACAUGAUUCAGAUGCUCUUCUCAGACGACCCCGACCAGCAGCUCAUAGCCACCCAGAAAUUUAGGAAGUUACUGUCCAAAGAGCCUAAUCCCCCCAUUGACGAGGUCAUCCUGACUCCCGGCGUGGUCAAUAAGUUUGUAGAAUUCCUUCGAAAAGGCGACGACAGCACACUGCAGUUUGAGGCCGCCUGGGCCCUCACCAACAUUGCCUCCGGAACAUUCCUCCACACCAAAGUAGUCAUCGAGACCGGGGCCGUUCCCAUCUUCAUCGAGCUGCUCAACUCGGAGAACAAGGACGUGCAGGAGCAGGCCGUGUGGGCGCUUGGAAAUAUCGCUGGGGACAACGCAGAGUGCCGAGACUACGUCCUUGACUGUGGCAUCCUGCCCUCUCUACAGCAGCUCCUCGCCAACUCCAAUCGCCUCAGCACCACCAGGAACGGUGUGUGGGCGCUUUCCAACCUCUGCCGUGGGAAGAACCCUCCUCCAGACUUCGCCAAGGUGUCUCCAUGUCUGAGUGUGUUGUCUGCGUUGUUGUUCCGGAGCGAUCCUGACGUGCUGGCGGACGCCUGCUGGGCUCUGUCCUACCUGUCCGACGGGCCCAAUGAGAAGAUACAGGCCGUCAUCGAUUCGGGAGUUUGUCGCCGCCUAGUCGAGCUGCUCAUGCAUUUUGACUUCAAGGUGGUGUCCCCAGCACUAAGGGCAGUGGGCAACAUAGUGACAGGCGAUGACAUCCAGACACAGGUGAUCCUAAACUGUUCAGCUCUGCCCUGCCUCCUCCAUCUCCUCAGCAGUCCCAAAGAGUCCAUCAAGAAGGAGGCCUGCUGGACAGUCUCCAACAUCACUGCUGGCAACAGGCAGCAAAUACAGGCGGUGAUUGAUGCCAACAUCUUCCCCGUCCUCAUUGAGAUCCUCCAGAAGGCAGAGUUCCGCACCAGGAAGGAGGCCGCCUGGGCCAUCACCAACGCCACCUCCGGAGGCUCCCCAGAGCAGAUGAGGUACUUGGUGUCUUUGAACACCAUCAAGCCGAUGUGUGACCUGCUGACGGUGAUGGACUCCAAGAUCGUGCAGGUGUCCCUCAACGGGCUGGAGAACAUCCUCCGGCUGGGGGAGCAGGAGGGCAAGCAGAGCGGCACCGGCAUCAACCCUUACUGCGCUCUCAUAGAGGAGGCAUAUGGCCUGGACAAGAUCGAGUUCCUGCAGAGCCACGAGAACCAGGAGAUCUACCAGAAGGCCUUUGACCUGAUCGAGCACUACUUUGGGGUGGAGGAGGAGGACGCCAGCAUCGCCCCGCAGGUGGACCAGAGCCAGGGCCAGUACAUCUUCCAGCAGCAGGAGGGCCCCAUGGAAGGGUUCCAGCUUUAACCCCCAACCCCCACCCUCUCUCCAUCCUAGAACCAAAACCUUGUGGCCCUCUCUAAUCUUCAUUUUAGCCCCCCAAACGACCUUACCCCGAAGGCCUGAGCUUUCAAGGUCCUGUCGGAAGACCAACCGGCUCUCCAUUCCUACCAACUCUACCAAUCGUUGUCGACCUUUACGCCGCCCCAUUUGCCCUCAGCUCAGUCUAUCGGCAAGUCGCCUGUCAAAAUGCCCAGUGGCCUACUCUACUCAUCCCCUGUCUCCACACAAGAGGUGCUACUAGAGGUGCUAGGUCCAGGAGUAGCUGACAACUGGGGGAACGGGGCAUUGUUACAGAGAGCUGGAAGACCAUCUGUGUCCCUCCCUUGUGUGGUUUCGAUCCUCUUUAACUCAUCUAGCCAGCAAAAUUCCCAGAAAAUAUCUGUCAAGACUGGGAGGGAUGGCAAACAUAUCAUUCUAUUUUUUUGUGUGUGUAACAUUAAUAUAAUUAUUAUUAUUACUAUUGUUGUUAUUAUUAUUAUUGGCACUGGUGUCCUCAAAAAAAAAAAGACUUUUUACUUCAUAUCCCUUUUAGAAUGUGAAACUACCUCUGCAGUUAUCGCAAAAAGCACUCAUGUGACUCGUUCAAAUGCACAUGGCCACCAGUGGAGGUGGACGUUUAUGCAGUAGCCUACGUGCAGGUAUUUCCCUCUGUUUAGAGAGGGGUCGCUGAAAUACAGUAGAGAUAUGUACGUAGAAGAAGCAAAGUUAAACGAAACAGACUACAAAGCAACAAUAAACAAACGUACAAGGUGAAUCAUUCAUCGAUCAUUGGAAUUAACUUUAUGGACGUAAUCCCCGUUUUUAAACAAGAGACAUCUACUGGUUCCAUAGCUCAUCUGCCUUCAUAAUCUCUCUCUCUCUCUCUCUCUCUCUCUCUCUCUCGCUACCCCCCCCCACACACACACACACACACACACACACACACUCACCAAGCUAAAUAGCUACAUGAAGCAGUGCAGGACAUCCAGUAUCCAACUCUUUUCCGUGUGUGAGUGUAACAAUUGCUGUUCCAUGCCCCAGGCCACUCUCCGCUCUCUCUUGUAAGAGCACCUGGCCAUCGGGGGAUAUUGUCAUAUCGAGGCCCAUGUACCGUGUUUCUGUGACGUGGAGGGAGGAGGAGGAGGAGGAGGAGGAGGAGGAGGAGGAGGAGGAGAGACUGAGCAGGACGGACUGCAUUUCGGAGUGCUGAGUUCAGUGGAGGCCCUUGGGCCAGUGGCACCCUGGGGUUAUGGGCUGGUGGCAGCUGUCUUGGCAUCUAAACAAGGACUUGCCACUUCUGCCCCCCACCCUUUCCCUGGCUCCCCUCCUUCCUUCCUCCUAUCCUUGGUUUGCUUUCUGUGCUUGUGUUUUGAUCUUUGAUGCAGUCGGUGUGUCAUAGUCAACUUAUAGAAGACAAUUUAUCUCUUUGUUUUUUUUUGUGUUGUGUUACAUUAAAUUCAAAUUUCGGAGAAAAAAAACAAACAUUUUUCAUCUCAAGUAAGCAGAGGAUGUUUUGUGAAUUUCCAUUUCACUUGUAAAAGUGCAGCAGUACUUUCAGAUUUUGACAUCAGGAAUUGCUUAGAUUAACUAAAACAAGGAAAAUAAAUCUGUAUAUUAUAUAUACAUAUGUAAGCUCUGAUUUAGUUUUGUUUUGUUUUGUUUCCUUUGGUGUUUUAUGAGAAGCUUCUGUAAAGACUAUAGGUCGGCAUUAUGUGAAGCUUCAUAUGCAGUAUCUGUGGUAGAGAAAGAAGUGGGAAGUUGCGAUGGAUGUCCCUGCUCUGAUUCCUUGCAGCUCUGUGGAGAAGAGUGGGGUGUCUUUUUUUUGUUUGUUUCCUCUCUCAGAAUCUGGGGUAUGUUUCCCAACAGUGUCGUUGCUAACUUAACUUGCGACUUACUUGGUUGUAAUGCAAUUUCCCAUUGGCAACUUAGUACCGGUAAGUUGCUAAUUGGUUAGCAACAACACUCAAGAAACGGGGUCUCUCGGUGCAGAUAUGAAUUUUCGCCCAUAUUUGCCAUGUGUUGAGGUCUGCACAUGACUACUACUUUUUGGCAAAUUUUGACCUCUUACCAUGUGCACCUGUGACUCAAAUCAGGUCUUAUAGAACCCUCUCUCUCUCUCUCUUGGAAUUGAAAAGUUCUCCCCUGAAAUCAUGUUACUUUUGAGUUUUUGCGCUAUUUUAUUAUUAUUUAUGUUUUAUGAUUUAUUUUCUUUGACAUUUUUCUGUGACAAUUUAGUGUCAGUUCAGAAGGGGAGGUUAAAAAAAAACAA